GACCUGCCCCAUCCAGCUCCUUUUGAAAUAUUUUCUCUUCAGAUCAGCUGAACAGGAGAGGAGAGACUGCAAAGUGCGGCAUUUCGGCCAAUUAAGGGAGCGCGUAAAAUCAGACUGGACAGGUGAAAUCUUCUUGGUGGAGAGUGAGCUUGGUGGUGACAUACCCAAGAGAGAUGUACAUCUAAGGAACAAAGCUGUGGAAUUCAUUAUUUUUUUUACCUUGGUGACUUAAAGUGUUGCAGAAAGUAACCUUCUACACUUAAGACAUGCGGCUGUUUCUACGGCGGCGUAUGUCCCCCCUAAAACUGGUUGUCUUUGGAGGGGCACUCUUCAUGUUGGCUUUAGUUGUUCUCCAAAAGGAUGUUGCCACUUCACCUUCGGGGGAUCCCUGGUUUCAGGAUUUUGUUGACAAAAGGGACAAGGUAAUGGAUAUGGUCCGAGGUGCCGUGCACAAUAUAGGUUUCCAGAUUGGAGCUCCUCAGCCUCCCCCGGUUCACGAGCAGCCCACAGAGGAUGUCAACUGUCCCGCUGGCUUCUACACACUAACAGAGCUCAAGCCCCACCUGGACAGACCUCCCCAGGACCCCAGUGCUCCAGGAGCAGAUGGAAAAGCAUUUCAGAAAGACAACAUGACUCCUGAAGAGAAAAAGGAACACGAAGAUGGCAUGACAAGGCACUGUUUUAACCAGUUUGCCAGUGACCGGAUCUCGCUGAGCCGUAGCCUUGGAGAAGACACCAGACCCCCAGAGUGUGUGGAAAGAAAGUUUCGCCGCUGCCCUCCUCUGCCCACCACCAGUGUCAUUAGUUUUCACAAUGAGGCCUGGUCCACUCUCCUUAGGACUGUAUACAGCGUGCUCCACACCUCUCCGGCCAAGUUUCUCAAAGAAAUCAUUUUGGUGGAUGACGCCAGUACAGCAGAGCAUCUUAAAGGCCAGCUGGAGGAGCAUGUGGCUGGGCUGAAGAUCGUGCGUGUGGUGAGGCAGCUGGAGAGAAAGGGCCUGAUCACUGCUCGGCUCCUGGGAGCCAGUCUCGCAAAGGGGGAAGUUCUCACCUUCCUGGAUGCUCACUGUGAGUGUUUCCACGGCUGGUUGGAGCCGCUGUUGCACCGUAUCGUGGAGGAGCCAACCGCUGUGGUCAGCCCAGAGAUCAGCUCCAUUGACCUGAACUCAUUUCAGUUUCACAAACCUGUGGCCACUAAUCGUGCCUACAACCGUGGCAACUUCGAUUGGAGUCUGACGUUUGGAUGGGAACCUAUACCAGAGGAUGCCAAGAAGCUACGCAAAGAUGAAACUUACCCAGUAAAAACACCAACUUUUGCCGGAGGCCUCUUCUCAAUAUCAAAGAAAUAUUUUGAGCACAUUGGGACUUAUGAUGACAAGAUGGAGAUUUGGGGUGGUGAGAAUGUGGAGAUGUCAUUCAGGGUGUGGCAGUGUGGAGGUCAGCUCGAGAUUAUCCCCUGUUCUGUCGUCGGACAUGUUUUUCGCACAAAAAGCCCCCACACAUUCCCUAAAGGCACUGAAGUCAUCACACGCAACCAGGUACGCCUCGCAGAGGUCUGGAUGGACGACUUCAAGAAAAUCUUCUAUCGUCGCAACCAGAAUGCAGCCAAUAUGGCAAGUCAGAAACAGUAUGGAGACAUUUCUGAGCGUGUAACUCUAAGGGAGAAGCUGCAGUGCAAGAAUUUCACCUGGUAUUUGAACACCGUGUACCCAGAGGCCUUCAUCCCAGAUUUGGAGCCAGUCAAGUUUGGAGCUAUCAAGAAUUCUGGAUCACAGACCUGCCUGGAUGUGGGUGAAAACAAUCAAGGAGGCAAAGCCAUGAUUAUGUAUCAAUGUCACAAUAUGGGUGGAAACCAGUACUUUGAAUACACAUCCCACAGAGAGCUACGGCACAACAUUGGUAAACAGCUAUGUCUUCAUGCCUAUGCGCAGCCAGAUGCAGUGAAGAUUGAAGAGUGCUGGCUAAAAGGAAAAGGCACUGUUUUAGGACCGGACCAGGAGUGGGUUUUUACAGAGGAAAACCUCCUGAAGAAUCCACAGAGUGGAAAGUGUUUGCGGCUGAUUGGAGGGCAGGUUCAGAUGGAUUCUUGUAACGCCGCUGAUCUGUUCCAGCACUGGACCAUCAGUUGACCACCACAAACACAUGAACCAAAAAACUUAAUUCUCACUCUGAAGUCUCACCCUGUGGGGCCAAAGACAUAGUGAUCCUGCUGCGGAGCUGCGAGGACUUUGUGGUACAGACAAGUGGUUAAUAAUGAGUGGGAAGACACCGCAAAGAGAAGUGCGGAGCCAUUUGCUGGCAUGUUUGUUUUAAAUUAAUUUAUGACGGAAACUCAGGAAACACAGUUGAAAGGUGGUGGGUGUCCCUCGGGUAAACAAGGACUUGAGAGGAGUGGCAGCUUUGACCAUGUGGAAAAGGCUGGGAUUUGCAAUAAUAUAAAAAAAAGUGCUUUAAACUAUAUGGUGAGAAAAAUACCAUGUAGCGACACUCCAUAUUUAAUGUUGUAAUAAAAGAGAAGCUUGUUUUAUAAUAAAAUGCAUUAUGUUGUA